UUUUGAAAGUCUACAAGAAAACGAAGGUCGAUAUGUAAACACUGUCAUCUGUUUCGGUUUUGAAGUACAAUUAUUAUCAGUAUUAGGCAGGGCUUCAGCAUUUUGUAGUUGCGACCCAAUAGGAUGGUUCUGAAUAGGAACUUUCAUUAUUCAAAAGGUUUUUGUUUACUUUUACAAUAUCAUAUCUUACGAAAUUCUUCAUCACGAUGAAAGAAACUCAAAUUCGUGUAUUUUUAUUGGGAUGGCUUUUUGCCUUGUUUCAUGGUUUUAAAUCAGUCGAUUCAAUCCAUGGAGGGUUAAUAGGCUUUAAACGAGAAGCAAUUAAUUUUACCUGGUUCUUGGGUUUACCUAUCAAGACCGUAUAUUUUGGUAAAUGGAACGACGAAUUCGAGUACAUAGAAAUCAGCUAUUUGACAGUAACAGUCAACAAUGGAAGUAUUUCACUUCACCCAAACACCGGUACCGAAGAGGUGAAUGCCCGUCCUUAUAUCGGCCGAGUUCGAUGGUAUGGUAAUGUUGAUACGGGAUUGGCUAUCUUUGAACUAUCUAAAAUACAAGACUCUGAUCAAGGAUUAUACGGCAUUGAGACACAACAUGUGGGCAAAAACGAUUUCAUAGGGAACUCAACUGAACUUAUUGUGAAGACAGCGUCUAUGUUUACCUAUAGUCCAAGGAGUGUAUCCACGGUUGGUGGUGGCCAAGUUGAGUUUACUUGGAAAUACAAUCUCAACGAUGACGAUCGUAAAAAUCUCUCAAAGAUUCGAUUUGGUGUGUACAAAGGAGGUGAUUUCAAGCAGAUAUGUGAAAUUCAGGUUGACCGAGAGCUAGUCAAGAGUACAAAUUGUUUGACAAKACACCUUAAACCAACUACUAAAGUGACAUUUAUAAAAGAUAAUGUCGAUUUUGAUGAUGAAGCGGUCUAUGGGAUUAUACUGAAUGGAACUUACCGAGACAUGCGUAGUAACACCAAACUAAUAGUUAAUGACCCGCCAAAAAUCAUUACCAAACCCAAAAACGUAGUCGCUACCGAGAAUCAUGAGCUAAAUCUCACGUGUCAAGUAACAGGAAAGCCACGCCCACUCAUUAACUGGACAAGGGACGGUUUAACGGUCCAGAAAAGCUAUCAGAGCACAUAUACUGUCAGAUAUACACAAUUGAAGGAUGCUGGGGAAUAUCAGUGUAUUGCAAGUAACAUCGUUGGAAGUGUAGCGUCGUCUUCAUUCAUUGUAGAUGUUCAUUAUGCCCCAAGGAUCAAUUCUUCAACCGAUGUCAUCGUGAUACCCAUUCCAAUGGGGAAAGCAGAAUGGUUAAAAUGUCCAGUAAAUGCUCAUCCACCAUCUACCUGGAAAUGGUACAGUAAUGGCAACCCUGACCAACACAAGGGAGAGAAUAUUCAAGUAAAGAUCUCAAAACAAGCUGACUAUAAGAACUACACAUGUGUAGCAACAAACGCGGUAGGAAAAGAUAACGUGACAUUUAUCCUGAAACAAGUCGGGGUGCCAUCUGUACCUAAGGUAUCUUGUGAUCGACGUGAAGACACAUCAGAUAGUCGCACACAAAAGCUUCACUGGAAAACUCCUUCUGAUGACGGCGGUGCCCAGGUGAUCGGCUACACAGUGAAAUACAGAAUACUUAGAGGUCAUAUCUAUAAAAGCUUAUGGCGUAAUAUUAAUGUUAGCUCUACUGAGACAUGGUACACACUAAAGCUAGACUGGGCAACAACCUUUGAGCUGACAGUUACAGCCUGGAAUAAAUACGGCGAGAGUAAACUGGAUUUGGAGCACAGUUCUUGCAUUGUGGAGAUUGGAAAGAGUCCUUCAAUGGUAGCUACCUCUAUUAGUACUACGUCUGAGGCUGUUGUAAUAAUAGCUGCUGUAAAGAACAACACAAAACACAUAAAGUCAUCAUCACUUCAUAAAGCCAUUUACAUCGUCCCCGCCGCUGUUGCUGCAUUGCUGAUAGUUGUCUUGGUUACUCUGCUGAUAAAGCGGCGACGUGCCAGAAAACAUCGCGUCAAAACAAACUGGGCUGAGCACCAUGUCAGUUUCAAUGCUCUCAAUCAAAUACUUGAGCCAUCAUUCGCUCUUACUGACCUGCGGUUAGGGUCACGUCAUCAGACAAUGGUUGGAAGUCCUCGAUAUCAGAUGGAUCCCGACUGGACCAUUCCGAAGGAGAGGAUUUGUGUUUUGAAGGUGAUUGGAAAUGGUGCCUUUGGUCUUGUCUACAAAGGACGUGUACAUGGAAUAGGGACAGAUAAUGUUGGCUGGUCUAUGGUCGCUAUUAAAAGCCCCUAUGCUGAUGCAACAGAUUCUGAAGUACGAGAUUUGAUGAAGGAGUUCGAGUUAUUGAAAACACUUGACCCCCAUCCCCACGUGAUCAAACUACUCGGGUGUGGCGAAGGAGAUGGGCAUCCUAUGGUUAUUAUCGAGUAUGUUCCAUUUGGUGAUCUGUUGGGUUAUUUACGUAAGAGUCGUGGUGAGAAUGAUGACUAUUAUUCUGAUCCUGAAAUCCAACCCAACACCAACCUUUCGUCCCAGCAGCUUUUACGGUUUGGUUGGAAUAUUGCUGAUGGAAUGGCGUAUCUUGCUUCUCAGAAGAUAAUUCACCGCGAUUUGGCUGCUCGUAACGUUUUGGUUGGAGAAGGUCUUGCUUGUAAAAUAACAGACUUUGGAAUGGCCAAAGACGUUAGUAACGAUGAUAUAUACGUACGUACUACCGAGGGUCGACUACCAGUCAAAUGGACCGCCAUUGAAGCACUAACUGGAAGUGGGGAAUAUACCACACAAAGUGAUGUGUGGAGUUUUGGUAUUGUAUUGUACGAAAUCUGCACGAUCGGUUCUGAUCCAUACCCUGGAAUAGUGGGUAAGGAAAUUCCUGACCGAAUAGAAAGAGGCUACCGUAUGCCACGCCCAAGUCACGUAGACGCUAUCGUAUACAAUKUGAUGCUCCGUUGCUGGAAUAAAAUACCAGAUGAAAGACCAACCUUUCCGGAGUUGAAAGAGAUGCUUAUUGGGCUUGAAGACGCCCAGUCCAAGGAUUACAUCAACAUCGCCGAAUGUCUCUAUCAAAACGUCCAAGUCAACGACUCUAAAGGAGCAAGCGGAGGAGGAGACGCGAUGCCCAGGAAAAGUUUAGCAAAAGAAAACGAUUAUCACCAGGGACCAAGCCUCAGUCACUCUCAGGCUCGGCCUGUAUGAAUGAUGUCAAACUAUGUGAAGAACUGGGUAUCCCAGUAAAAAAGAGACUCAUAAUCAUUUGCAAUUUUGGAAACAGUAUUUCAUAUCUUCUAAUCUCUACUUGGAAUCAUAUCUAAAAUGGAUGUGAACAAUGUUAUAAAAUACUCAUCAAUUCAACACGAUCCGUCUUUAGUUGCAGGGAGUGGUAUAGAAAAACGUUUGUCAAAUAAAUUGUAAUAUAAAUAAUCAACAAUAUAUUACGCGGUCAAGCACGUGAUUGCCACGCCCUACCGAUUAUAGAUUUCAUGAAUUAUUGACCAGAACAAAAAAUACCUCAAUAUGGCAGUUACACUGUACGCUUUACAAAAAGUUAUUAUCAUUGAUAUUUGUAUAAAAAAAACUUUAAAUAAUUGAAAUAAAAUCACUUUUCUGAAAUUA